GUUCUUCGGCCGGUGAGUUCUGAGUUCUGACUUCAGUUCGGUUUUGCGUCGUUUGCCGGCCGGUCACAACUCUCCGCUGGUUCCCUCCAUUUUCCCUCAUUUCCCUCGUGUUUACAUUCACCCCCCACAAAGGAAAAAACGACUUUCACUAAUAUGUUUAUGCAUGACUAUCAAGUCAACCUGUGAAAACUGUGUGGAACUUUCCCAGACUUCACCUUCGAAACCCGCGUCGCGAAAACGUCGUGUGUGAUCCACCUGUUGUUUUGUUUUUGCGGCGAGCUUUUUGUGGUUUUUAAUUAUUGUUUUGAACUCAAGUGCUGUAUUAUCUUCUAGUGCCAAAGGAGGAUUUAUGGUGUACAUUAAUCGCUACUGGUGUUUCUGAUGAAUAAUGGAUCGAAGAAGUUGGAGUAUUGUGGCCUUGGAGACGGAUUCCAACUCUUUAAGAAUUUUGAAAUGAGCGAUAAAAAAUUUGGUUUCCUCUCUUCCACUGAGUGACUACUGUAUGAAUGCUGGCCAUAUAUUGUGGUUGUGAUGGGGGAGAACGAUUUGUGGGAGGUGGACGAUUGGGAGGAGGGGGUGGGUCCCGGUCCGCCCCCAACGAACUUCCCGCCGCCGCCCCCGCGACCCCCCUACCUCGAGGACCAUGUUCCCGCCGACGGCCUCACCACCUGCGACCUCUGCACCUGGGCCCGCCUCCAGUUGCCACCCCCGCCCAGACUCGAUGCUCCACUGGAAGCAGAAAUAGAUAGCACGCUCUCGUGGACUCUGACUCUGGUCAUUGUAUCAUUGUUAUCCGCUCUGUUGGGAGCUAUUAUUAUGGUCACACUACUCAAUUGUAGGAGCAGACCCUCAGAUCGAGGUGCACAACCUUCACCAGACAAUAUUUGGUGCCUUGGAAGGAGAAGAAGACGGAGGACGAGUGGUAGUGGGGAUGAAGACAGUGGUGCAAGGGGGGAUCGCUCGAAAUCGGCCGCCUUCCAGAUGAGAAGCAGUGACGGGGAGCAGCGGCGGGCAAGCAGCGGAGUGUGGUCGUGGAUGAGCGGGCGCAGUGCACCGGUGCGACCGGCGGCGAUCGUGCCGGCGAUUGCACCGGUCGCCAACCACUACACCCUGGACGAGGCGUACACGGCCGUCGAGGAGGCGCUUUACGCCGAGCUGGACCGACCGGCCUACCAGAACACCGCCUACACCGGCGACGACCCGGCGUCCUCGGCACCGAGCAGCGCCUACUACUCGGACCUGUCGGCGUCCGACCGCACCUACGAGGUCCCCGCGCAGACGUGGGAGAUGGUGCAAGUGCCCCCGCCCCGUCCCCGCACCACCGCCCCACGCCUCGCCGCCAUCACCGAAACUGUAACCGUUCCUUCCGACUAUGUUUGAAGGUGCCUCAACUGCGUUUGAAGGGUCAUUAUUGUUCUAGUAACAUUAGUGUAAAUAAGCUCCUCUCUGUUCAUCACCGACUUUGUAACCGUUCCUUUCAACUAUGUUUAAAGGGGUUACUGGGUUGAAGAGGUAUUAUGUAUUGUCUGCUACUGAAACUGUAAACAUUUUCAAAUAAGGGUGGAAUUCCUCAACAUUUUGUCAUUCCGUCAUCAUGAAAACACUGUAAUCAUUGUUCCUUCCAACUAUUUUUAAAUAAUUUUUGUUUUCUGAGUAAGUUAGUUGUGAAUUGAAGGUGAUAUUGAGGUAGUUAUCCAUACUGAAUGAAAAUACUACAUAGAUAUUAUUGCAACCACAGAUUUAUUAAAAAUCAAAAUACCGGUUUUUGCUGUUACACCAUUAUUAAUCUCUAGUAAACUUCAGUUCAGAACAUACAAAAAUAAGCUUUUUUACUGUUUAACAGAGAUUGAUACAGAUUGAAGGUGUAACAACCGGAACCGGUACCUCGAUUUUUAAUAAAUCUGCAUUGGGGCAAAAAACUUACUGUAACCCCGUUCUUCACAAAUAAUAAUAUGGUUUAACCAUUUCAUUUUAUCAUGUUUGAAGAUAUACGGCUUUGUUCCUAAAAUAAAUUGUAACUUUUUCUUACAACUUUGUUCAAAGAGUAAUCAUAGUCUAUAUAAAGCCAUAAUCAUAGAAACUGUAACUGUAACUUCCGCCUGUAAAGUGUUAAUUAAUGGAUAAUUGAAAAGUUUAAUCGACUGACUGGUGACGGUUAGUUGAGGUUUUACUAUAAGUUCAAAGGAUGAUUAUGGAAGAAGGCGGUCAUCACAUUAGAAGCCAUAUCCAUGAUAAUACAAUACCGCACGUUAUUACUGUAUUACUGUAUUACGUAGUACUGGUAUCUAUCGUUGUCAUCCCUGCUAUCUGUAAUUGGUCCUUCCAACUACGUAUGCUCAAAAGAGUAAUAACUUAGUAAAGAGUAAAUAUGAGGAUCAUUUCCAUUUCAAUCUCCGAUUAGCCAUAGAAUGUAUAUACAAGAAUAAUUUUUUCACCGAAAGUUACUUACACUUAUGAUUAUUCUUCAAAAUAAUUGCCAUGAAGGUUGAGUAAUUUGUCAUACCAGUGAACCAGCCUACCAAAACCCUCUUCAAAGAGAGCCAAGAGAGGCGGUCAUGUUUAUGGGUUUAUAACUCAACAUCAAUAUUGACGAUCUGGCCGCACCGAUCACAGCUGUUUGGUGGGGAUGACAAGCUGUUCAGCUCUACGAAAUUCGCCCUCCUACCCCUUGUCUGUGUUUUAUGAUAUGUGAUUGGAGGUUGUAAAAAUUACCCUCGUACAUCAAUCAUGAAAAGUCUCCGUCAUAGAAACUAAAAUCUUCCCUUAUGUUAUUAAAAGGGUUUCAAUCAGAAAGAAGGCUGUGCUCUCUUAUUAUAUUAUAGUUGAUAGAGAUAUUUAAUAUUUAUUAAUAAAUAUAUGUUAAUAGAUUUUGUAUAUAUAUUUUGUGCGUGUCAACUAGAAAUAAGUAGUAUAUUUUGUGAAAUUCGUGAAUUUUUCAUGACUAUGAUGGUGUUAUUCAUGUCAAUUGCUAAUUGAAUAUUCUUCUGAAGUGGCGAUUCAUGUAUCACGUUAUGAAAUUCAAAAAUUAUUGAAACUAUAUUUUUUAAUAAUAAAACACAAUCCAAAUGGAACUAGCCACCUUAGGUAUUUCGAUUUCACCCCAAUAAUUCAAAUGUUCAUUACAGUAAUUUUAUUAUUAUUAUCAUCAUCAUCAUCAUCAUAAGUGUUCAAUAACGUACUUACUUAAAAAGCAUUUCACUGUUAUGAGAAUACUGUAAACUUCUUAAAUUUCUGGGACUGGAUUCAAUUCCAAGAAGUUACACUUGAUUGUGGAAUACAUUCUAUAAAGAAGUUAAUUUCGAAUCAUCUCAAAAAUAUAAGUGAAUAAUUGAAUUAAAAAUGAAAUACUCCUCGUUUCCUGAAAAAUCAAUAUAUCUAUUUUUAUGAUUUCUCCCUUUUUGUACUAUGUACAAAAUUAGAACCAAACUGAGCUUCCAAGUUGUAAAAUUAACAGUUUGAAAUUGUUAGACAAACAUCUAUUAACAUAUCAUUGAGUGCUUUGAAGAUUGUCAAUUUCAAUAUUAAAGGAGAAGUUUUUUUGUGGGAAGAUACACAAACGUGGGAUGUACGUACACUACAUGAAAAAGUUUCUAUUACACUUAAUUUUGGAAAAGGCAGACAUUUUGGUGCAUGUUUUGUCUGCCCUUAGACCUGUUUUUCUCCCCUGGUUCACUAGAUACGAAUAUAAAUACCGUAGUAAUUAUUCAACAUGCAGAUUUCAUAAAUGUUUGAUCUCAUGCUUUAUGAUUGAUACCUUAUUAUUUCACUCUAAAACGUUAUGUUCAUCAAAAUGUAGAAAUCUGCUUCAAUCAAACCCUAUUUUUAAAAAAGUGAUUUGUUUCUGUUUGCAGGUGUUUUGUGAAUUACCGUAAUUCAGAACAAAAAAAUAUAUUUUCACAAAAGAUUCAUAAAAAUCUGUCUUCAGUGUCAAUUUUAUUGAACUGAUGAGAAUAUAGAUGAAAAAUUUCUUCUAUUUGUAAUGGCUACCGGUAGGCUAUGUAUUUUCAGUAGGAAAAUGGUGUUUAUAAUUUUUUUAUUGAAUUAGAUCAGUUUCGAAUUUAACUUUGAUUGUACUAAUUUUGAUUUCAAAACAUAGUCUUCAGAUCCAGAUAGUAAAAUAUCCUGUAUUUCUUUAUUCUUUCUUUUCUUCCAUUUACUUCCUCCAUUAUACUUUUUCAAUCAUGGUUGUUACCAGAGAGAAAUUUAUAAGUUGUACUGUUCAUUGAAGAUUCUCUUGGUUCGAUUUUUUUAAUUCUCCAGAUAAGUUAAUUCAAGGUAAUUAUAAUACUAAUUUGUGGUUCAAUUACCCUGAGUCAAUCUGUGUAGAUGGAUUUUAUCUUUCAAAAUAAUAUUUUAAAUAAUAGCCUAUUUUGAUAAUUAUAAAAAAAUAUUAUUUUCCCAUCUUGUUUUCUCUCAAGUUCCAUUCAUCUACUAACCUCGGGCAAGGCAGGACCUCAAAAGUGUAACUGAAUAUAGAUGAGUUUGAAGCUGAUCAAUGUCAAUCAAUCGGGUUUGAACUGUGUAACUUGAAUUUUCCCAUUUUUUAUAUGAUAUCACUGGAUACUGAUAACUAUAGUGAGGUACACGUUAUAAUGACAGUAUUUGAUUAACUUUGAUGUUGCUAUCCUUGUCUAUCAUUCGACAAAGCAGGUAGUACUAUCCUUUUCUAGCUCCGCAACGAUGCCAAAUCUGUUUUUGACAAUGCAGAAAUAUAAUUAAUUAAGGCAGAGAAUCGACAACGCUGUUCUCUUAUCUUUAUCCACUGCCAUUAUAACGUGGACCUCACUAUAGAUAACUGAUACUGAUAACUGGAUAGUGACUUGUAUGAUAAAUCUCAAUUGAAAUUUAAAAUAAAUUUAUAUAAAUGUUUAUGUUUCAAGUCUUAUCAAUUACUUGUCUUGUAAAAUAAAGGAGUAGUUGUAUUUUAAAUCGGAAUAGAACAAUUUUGUAAAUGUGUUAUGAUCAUAUGAUUACUACUUUUGUGUUGAUUAUGUCUGACAAAUAUUUCAAUUGAGAAUUAUUUUUAAGGACAAUACCAUGAUAUGCAAUGGCAUUAGUUGGAUGGUUUCUCCACUAAUCUUCGUCCAACAUUUUGUUUUUAUCUAUAAAUCGGAAUUCUUAAUACAUCUAAAAGUUAUUGCUUCUGCGCUUUCAAUAUAAUGUAGAGUGGACCUUUAAAAAAAGUUUCCUUGCCAUUGCUGUAUUUGAUUUAGAUAAAUUUUACUAGCUUGAAAUUUGACCAUUUAUCUCAAAUUAGGUACAUAAGAAAUGAAUCAAUAUUAGGUUUUGCAUGUGAUCCUAUAUAACUGAAGCAUCUAUUGUGCCAUAAUGAUGAUUAUUAUUGAAACUCAAAGCAAUGAAAAGAUGAAAUCAUUUUACAGAAUUAUUUUUCAUUCAACAAGAAAUAUAGGCCUUACACAUAAAAAUUGAAGUACCUAGUAGUUGAAGAUCUUUCAUCAAGCUCUUUCUUAUAAUAUUAUUUGUGAUGGGUUGUUUUUCUAAUUUUGUCUCUAUAAUUUACAAUUUUUAUACUUUCACCUUUAUCAUGUGCAUUGUAAUGUAAUGAAUUUCAUGUACAGUAUAAAAGAGUCAAUCAAUUGAGGCAUUUAUCAUUGUUUCAAUAGCAAAGAGACUGAACAAUUUUGUUGAAAAUAGAAUAGUUCAUUAUUUGAAUUUUGAAACUAUUGUAUGUAUUUCUGUAUAGUAAACUAUUUGUAAAUUUGUGUAUUAUUCUAGAAAUAAUUUCAGAGAAUAGUUUUUCAAGAUUUUAUUGUUGCUCCUGUAAUAUUAAGACGAAAAAAA